CGUCGACCGCUGCACCUGUCGCAGCUGAGAGUUUCAUCAUGUUGUUUGGACCUCCUCGGUAUCGUCGCCUUUCCAUCGGCCGGCGAACGCUGAACCUUCUAGCUGCUAGCUCGAGCAAGAAGUAGCCGAUGAGAAGGCUGACAAUACUGUUUCAAGCUGCGAAAGCUAUGGCGACCGCCUCCACACCUCGGCACCGUGCGGUGGUACUUGUUGACAUGGACUGCUUCUACGUGCAAGUCGAACAGCGGCUAGCUCCUGACUGGAAUGGAAAGCCCUGUGCGGUGGCACAGUACAAUACUUUCCAGGGGGGAGGGUUGAUAGCCGUCAACUAUGAGGCGAGGGCGUUUGGGGUCAAGCGUGGUAUGAGGGGUGAACAGGCUGCCAAGUUGGCCAAGGAUUUCCACCUGUUCCGAGUACCAGAGGUCCGUGGUAAGGCUGACCUUACCAGGUACCGGGAGGCAGGCGCUGAGGUCCUCUCCGUGCUGUGCCAGUUCAGCGAAGUGGUUGAGCGUGCGAGCAUAGACGAAGCCUACCUAGACCUCACUGAAGCGUGCAAGGCGGUGCCUCUGCCUCGGAGUGCCGACGUCCUUCCCAACUCCUUCCUUGGCCAGACUCCCAAGACUGCAUCGCAGAGUGGGGAGGACGAUGCCAAAGCCGAGCUUGCAGCGUGGCUGUCCGACAUCGAAGACCCCGACUGCCCGGAUGCCCUCCUGGCACGAGCGGCGGUGCUCACGGAGCAGAUACGGGCAGCGGUCUUCACUCAGACAGGCUUCCGCUGCUCUGCUGGGAUCGCACACAACAAGGUGCUGGCCAAACUGGCUUGCGGUCUGCACAAGCCCAACAAGCAAACAGUCUUGACAGAGGCGGGGGUGCCUGUCCUGUUUGCAACGCUCCCUGUUCACAAACUGCGCAAGCUCGGUGGCAAGUUGGGCAAGGACAUUCAGGAGCUCCUCCAGGUUGAAGUGGUGGCUGACUUGCUGCGGUUCUCCCAGGACCAACUGUCAUCCCACUUCGGCCACAAGACGGGUACGUGGCUGUACCAGCUUGUACGUGGCAUUGACUACGAGCCGGUGACUCCUCGUAAGCUGGCCCAGUCCAUCGGUUGCGGCAAGAACUUUCGAGGCCAGCUAGCCCUCGACACCACAACCAAGGUGAAGCACUGGCUGGACCAGCUGUCUGAAGAGCUGGUUGAACGACUCCUGAGGGAUCGUGAACAGAACCACCGGAUCGCUCAGCUGUUGGUGGUGAGCUUGCGCAAAGCGGGGCAGGAAGGAGGCACUUCGCGUUCCUGCCAGUUGGUCGCCUAUGAUGCUGGCAGGGUGGCGAAUGAUGCAUUGGCUGCAGUGUUGAAGCUCAAGACAACCUCUGCAGCGUCCAAGGACAGGUGGACGCCACCAUUGACAUGCCUCAUGUUGGCAGCAACAAAGUUUCGGGACAGCUUGGAAGAGGGUUCACAAGAGAUCUCCAGGUUUCUUGUGCGGCAGUCAAAGAAGGCUGACAAGUCUGAGAAGCCAACAUCUGCACCGCUGCCACCCACGACACCGCAGAAAGUCCAGACAUCGGACGAAAAAUUAGAGGAGGAGGACAAAGCAUCUGCUGCUACAGAAGGGCCGGCACCAUCCUGCUCCUUGGUAACACCCAAAAAAGAGGAAGGCUUGAAUGACACCCUUCCCUUCGCGGAGAAGCUUGCAAUGAUCCUGCAGAGCCCUCGAGAAACUAGGAAACGCAGUGACAACUCGCCACCCCCAGCGAUGGAGCAGCGCCGCGUAGAAGAGGUGAAGCGAGUGUUACCCGUCACUGUGUCUCCGAAAAAGACCGUAAAGGUGGCUGCGACUAAGGCCAAGAAGACAACGUCUAAGAAAAGCACCAAGAAGGCUGCGUCAGAGGUCCCGAAACAGAGCUAUUUUGAGAAGAUGUGGACGACCAAAACUGAUGCGACGGUGAGAGCAGUGUCUUCUGCGAACAGUUUGGGGCAAACGUGCAGUGCUAGGGAUGCAGAAACGGGUAUCCCUGUCGCGAAUAACGAUAGUGCUUCUAACGACCGUAUCUCUACUCCAUGUGGUGACAACGCAUUGCCCGGGUUUAACUUUCUCACUGAGAAUGCUGACGACUCAACCAGAAGUUCGGUCCUCUCAAAUGAAGGUGGUCCCAAACCUUUGAAAGUUCCUGAAAAUGUGAACGCUGCUGAUAAAGUUUCCGUACCUGCCUCAUUUAAUGACGAUGUAUGCUUCAUCGACUCUAAUAGUGACGAAGAGGGUGGUGUAAGAGGAAGCGGGGAUCGUCUGUCGAUAGACCCGAGCUUGUUGCACAAGUGUGGUCAGUGUGGAAAGACCGUUGUGGUCUGGAAGAAGGAAGAACAUGACGAUUAUCACGUUGCACUGAACCUCAGCCGGGAUGAACGCAUUCCGAGGCCAUCGUCUUCCAACGCGACCGCUGUCAGUAGGAAACGAACUGCUUCGACGACGACAAAGAAAUCAACUCGAACGAAAAAAGCAUGUGCUGAGAAGACAAAAACGUUGAAAGACUUCUUCUCGUGA